GAUCCCAGGCCUCGGAAUUGUUUUAUGGAGGAACGUGGCAUCCUGUGCACCCCCCCCCUAAGGUGUGGCUCAGCACACACACACACACACACACACACACAGCAGAUUGUCAGUUCCGGCGCCGUCUCCUGAAGAUUCUCAGCCACCCGUCGCCUUCUGCUCACAGGCAGAGGAGGGCACCACACCACCUCCUCCUGAAGGCUGGGCUUGGCUACUGGAGACCCAAGAUGAAGUGCCACAGCCUAACCCAAGGUAUGAAGAAUCUCCUUGACCUAACCAGAGGAGGGAACACGAGGAAAAAGAGUCUGUGUUGUAUGUCGAGCCUGCUGAUGAUGAUGAUGACCACUUGGCUGUUGGGCUCACCUGCUGGUGCCAGUAUUCUGCAGGUGGCAGACCCCCUUGAGCUGCUCCCACCUGCAGGUGAUAAGGGCUUGUACUUUGGCUUCUCCUUGUCCCACUACACCAACAACAGUGAGAGAUGGUUGCUUGUAGGUGCUCCAAGGUCUAAUAUCAGUGACCCAACCAUGAGUAACUCAGGCGGGGUAUAUGCAUGCCCGCUGAGCAAGACUGCAUCGGCUCCUGUGUGUCGCGAAGUGUAUGUUAACCUGACCAAAGCAGGAUCUUUGAGUAAUAUAGCCAGGAGCAAUAGUAGUGAACAAAGUCUUGGAUUUUCUCUUGCUUCUAGUGACAAUGAAAUAGUGGUGUGUGCACCUCGCAGGUAUGCAACCAAAAGUAUAUACAGCAAGCGCUAUUACCUCCCAGUGGGCAUGUGUUUUUCUGCCAAAUCCCCUGAUUAUAAAUUUGAGCCCUUUUCACCUCCAUUUGAGGUUGACAAAAGUGCACAAAUAUCUUUUUUGACUACUGGAUCCUGCCAGUUUGGCAUGAGUGCUACUUAUAUUAAGGACCAUGACACAUUUGCACUGGGAGCCCCAGGAUGUUGGGGCUGGCAAGGAGACACAUGGGAAAUCAAUCUGGAUUCAGAUUCCUCAAGGUAUUUAGGGAAAGUUAAAGGAGAAGAUUUUGGUCUGGUGGACUUGAAAAAUGAUUUUUUUAAUCUUUACCUGGGCUACAGUGUUGGCAGUCUCAAGUUUGGGGGGAGUACUGCAGUUUUGUCUUCCAUACCACGUACAAUCUGGCUUGAAAACAGCUCAACAAACACCUCAUUUGGGCCUACUGUUCUUAUGCAAGUAGAGGACCCUAUAAAUGAAACAUUUUUGAGCCUUAAACAACUGAUAUCCCCCACAAAGGCUACAGAUGAAGUAUCAUUUUCACUCUUUGGAUACUCCCUUGCUACCUUGGACCUGAAUGGUGAUGGGAUGGAAGAUCUGGUUGUGGGUGCUCCCCUUUACCAGCAUCACACUGCAGCAGUGGGCUAUGACCAUGGAGCAAUCUUUGUUUACAUGCAGAUUCAAACCGGAGAAGGUUAUCAGAUGAAAGAAGAAGAAAAUGCACCUCAGAGGAUAGGAAGUAAACCUUUCAGCCGGUUUGGGAGCUGCUUGGCGGCUGUCGGUGAUCUUGAUGGAGAUGGUUACGAAGAUCUGGCUGUAGGUGCUCCCUUCAUGGCAGCAGACAGAGGAAGUGGAGCAGUGUAUAUAUUUACAAUAUUGUAG